UGUGUGUUUCGUACCGGGGAUCGAACUCCAGUCCUUGCACUUGCAAGGCAGGGGGCGGUGCCCCUGAGCUUCAUCCCUGGUCUGGCCCUUUUCCUCUCGAAGCUCAGAAACCCCGUGGGCGAUGGCGGCCGUGAGAAUCUGCUCUCUGGUGCUGGUGCUGCUGUCCCUCAGUGCAGGGCUGGGACACAAGGGAGAAGCUCUGAGCAGACCCCAGGCCUGGCUCGGCAGCCCCCGAGGCCCCCGGUAUGCAGAGGGAACGUUCAUCAGCGACUACAGCAUCGCCAUGGACAAGAUCCGCCAGCAGGACUUCGUGAACUGGCUGCUGGCGCAGAAGGGGAAAAAGAACGACUGGAGACACAACAUCACCCAGAGGGACGCCCGAAAUCGCAACUGGGAGCCGCCUGCACCUCAGGGGAGCCCAGGGGCAACGGAGCCCCAGAGGACCCCUGGUGAUGACGAGGAGCAGUUGAAGGAGCUGCUGGCCUGGAUGGUGGAGCAGACGGAACUGCGCAGGCUCAGGUGGGUGCGCGGCCGGGCUCCACCUGGAGUUUGA